AUGUCUCUGCUUUUAAGUGGGUUAUGGAUUAUUUUCAUUUUGCCCCUUAUUAAAUUCCCAUGGAAUGCACUAAUUUUUAGCAAGCAAUUGCUUUUGGACACUUGGAAGCACUGGGAAGAGAAAGCUCCAGCACUCCCCACUUCCCCUUCAUUGCAGCUCUUUUUUUGGGUGACUUCAUGUCAGAAUAUCAAUGCUAUCUCAAAGUCCUCCCUGUUGGCUUCUGAAGCCAAGGCCUUUGGUGAACUCAAUGUUUUAGGACACGGUGCAGGUAAGAUUUUGGAAGUGUCCUCCAUUAUCUUGAUGGCCAAGCUCAAAGCUGGGCUCCUCUUUCGGCCCCUGGUGCAGCUGUGGUGUGUGCUGCCAGUUGAGGCUGCCUUUGAAAGCUGGCAUUUUGCUGGAACAGACUCAAGCCCCAAUGGCAGACUUGGGUUGCAAUGGAAAGUAGAUUCCAGCACUGUCCCUGGAAUGUGA